UUCAAACUCAAAUUCUGAACUUAAACCGAAACCAUUCCUCUCUGGGUCUUCAAGCAAUUGACUUUUGCUUCAAAUUUCAUAACCGAAGUGGAGGAUCUCAUUCCAUCUUCCAUGAGUUUUCAAGACAUCCAAGGUGGACCCCACCCUCCAUCUCGCCGGAACCAGUCACCGGCGCAGGCCGUUGCCGCCGGAAUAUUCCAGAUCAACACUUCCGUUGCCACUUUCCGGCGACUCGUCGAUGCCGUCGGAACCGUUAAAGACACUCCCGAACACCGUCAGAAGCUGCACAAUACGAGGCAGAGGAUUUUGCAACAGGUGAAGGAUACUUCAGCUAAGCUCAAAUCCUUGAGUGAAUCUGAUCGUGGUGCUAAUUCCAAUGCUAGUCAGAAAAUUAAAGAUGCCAAGCUUGCUAGAGAUUUUCAAACGACAUUGCAAGAGUUUCAGAAAGUACAACAGCUUGCUUCUGAGCGAGAAUCUGCUUACACCCCUGCCUCCGCCUCUUCUACUUUACCAAUAAGCUCUGGCUCUGGUGAAGAAUCGACUGGAAUAGAUGUCGAAAGUCAACCUUUUAUUAGAGAACAGAAGAGGCAAGAGAUACUUCUAUUGGAUAAUGAAAUAUCAUUCAACGAGGCCAUGAUUGGUGAAAGAGAACAGGGAAUUAGAGAGGUAGAAGAGCAAAUUGGACAAGCAAAUGAAAUAUUCAAGGACCUUGCUGUUCUUGUUCAUGAUCAGGGAGUUGUUAUUGAUGACAUUCAAUCAAAUAUUGAUGCUUCUGCUGGUGCAACAACCCAAGCUAGGGUCCAGCUAGCCAAGGCUUCCAAAAGUGUGAAAUCCAGAACCUCAUGGUGUUGGUGGGUGCUUGUAAUUGUUGUUGUUGUGCUGGUCAUAUUACUUAUUGUCCUCAUUCUUUAGUGUGCAAGUGCAUACAACUGGGACAGAUUUUUUGUUCCGUAUUUGGUGUGUUUUGAGGUGUGAAGAGUGUUUUGACCAAAGGAAAGUGUUGGAAGGUACAGCAAUGGAGUUUGAUAUAUUGAUUGCAUCUGCAGCUGGAAGUUGGAAGAAGCUAGUGAGGUAAAGUGAUUUUAUUAAGAAAUAUUGUCCUUUGUAAUAUUGACCAGUGCAUGAAUACACAAGGAAAAAAAUAAGAAAGAAAACUCAAGAACAAUCACAAGCUGUGUAUGAUAAGGAACAAAUGAACUUCUUUACUCAUAAAA